AUGCCCACCAUGUUAUUGCUCAUAUUAUCUUUUAUCAGUUUUAUGUUCCUUCUGCACAAAGUCUUCUCCGAUCUGAAACAAAAAAAGAACGAUCAGAAACGACCACCAGGUCCGCUGGCUCUGCCGGUCAUCGGAAACCUCCACAUGUUGGGUUCACUUCCUCACCGGACCCUUCAAUCAUUAGCCAAGCGAUAUGGUCCGAUCAUGUCGUUGCGGCUGGGGCAAGUCCCGGUGGUUGUAGUCUCCUCACCUGAAGCAGCCGAGCUGUUCCUAAAGACCCACGACUUAACAUUCGCGAGCCGACCUAAGAGUCAGUUUUCCGAGUUCAUCUUCUACGGCACCGCCGGUAUGGUGACGAGUGAGUAUGGCCCGUACUGGCGCCACAUGAGGAAGCUGUGUAUUCUGCAACUUCUUAGCUCGUCAAAGGUUCAGUCGUUCAGUCCUUUACGGAGGAAGGAGUUGGGAUUAGUAGUUACGUCGUUAAGGAAGGCCGCGGCGGCGCGUGAAGUUGUUAACCUGAGCGAGGCGGUGAAGAAACUUAUAGAAGAUGUAACGUACAUGAUGGUUCUGGGGCGCAACACAGAUGACCAGUAUGAUUUGAAAGCACUUGCUCAAGAGAUCAUGUGCCUGGGCGGGACAUUUAAUCUUGCAGAUUUUGUCCCUUGGCUAGGAGCUUUUGAUAUCCAGGGAUUAAAACGAAGGUCAAAGAAAACAAGCAAAGCACUUGAUGAUUUGCUGGAGAAGAUAAUAAAGGAGCACGAGGAAGAAACUGCUAAUGUGCAUGAAAACCAAGACUUCAUAGACAUCUUGCUCUCCCAAUUGAACCAGCCCAUAUCGGAUUCCCAAAGCGACCAAAAAAUCAUUAAUCGAACAAACAUCAAGGCAGUUGUGGUUGAAAUGAUUGUUGCAGCACUUGAAACAUCUGCGACUGCAAUUGAAUGGGUCUUCUCAGAACUCUUCAAACAUCCAAGAGUGAUGAAAAAUCUUCAAGAUGAGAUAAAAAGUAUAGUUGGAAUGAGCAGAAAGGUUGAGGAAAUAGACUUACUGAAAUUUAAUUACUUGGAUUUGGUGGUGAAGGAGACUUUCAGGCUGUACCCUGCAGGACCGCUAUUACUUCCUCGAGAAUCAAGGGAUGAUAUCAUAAUUGGUGGAUAUCACAUUGAGAAAAAAUCAAGGGUUCUUAUAAAUGCAUGGGCCAUAGGAAGAGAUUCCAACGUGUGGUCAAAUAAUGCUGAAACAUUUUACCCAGAAAGGUUUAUGAACAGUGGCAUAGAGCUUCAAGGGCAAGAUUAUGAGUUGAUACCAUUUGGUUCUGGUCGAAGAGGUUGUCCAGGGAUUCAGUUGGGUCUCAGGACAGUGAAACUGGUUAUAGCUCAAUUGGCGCAUUGUUUUAAUUGGGAGCUUCCUUCUGGUAUGAGUCCUACAAAUGUGGACAUGAGUGAGGAGUUUGGACUCUCAAUAACAAGAGCCAACCACCUACUAGCAAUUCCAAGUUGUCGCCUGUCUAGUGAAGCAUUUGAAGAAUAAACCAAUCUGGAAAA